AUGUGGGCUACACCGGACGACUGGUACCCUUCUCCGACCUCCAUCGAGCAGAGGCACACAGAAGAAGCCAUCCAUGCGUUAUUCGAGCCGUAUGUGGGCACGGACGCACGGCCUCUUCCUACGCUUCGUGCGCAUGAACACAUUGCAUAUCUGCACCGUCUUCUAGAGCCACUACCUGCACCGUACAUAACGUUUGAUGCAAAUCGGGCCUGGCUUGUGUACUGGGUCGCCCAUGCCCUGGAUCUACUGGGCCAACCCCUGCAAGGUACGAACCAAGCGCGUGCCAUUUCUACGUUACUGCAUUUCCAAGCUCCGACGGGUGGGUUCGGCGGAGGACCAGGGCAAAUAGGACACUUGAUGAGCACGUAUGCGGCUGUAUGUGCUCUGGCCAUCGUGGGUGGGCCUGGCGCGAUGCCCAGCGCCGAAGAUAUCGCUGCGGGCCACAGCGUCGAUGUAGGCCGCGGUGGCUGGGAUGCUAUUGAUCGGGAGGCAAUCUAUGCAUGGAUGAUGCGCCUUAAGCAACCAGAUGGAUCGUUUCUUGUGCACGAGCACGGCGAAAUCGAUGUACGUGCCUCGUACUGUGUCCUUGUGAUCGCCAUGCUACUGGGCAUCGCCACCGAAGAGCUCAUUGAUGGGAUGGGCUCCUUCAUCGCGAGCUGCCAGACGUAUGAGGGCGGCUUCGCGGCACAGAGUGCUGCAACGUACCAAUCAGACGGGGCCCGUCUGGUACCCUCUGUGUCCGUGUCUCAUCAAGUGCCACAGGGCGAGGCGCAUGGUGGCUAUGCAUUUUGUGCACUGGCUGCGCAUACCCAUCUUUCAUUGCUGGGCGCACGCUAUGCCGAACCUAUUGCUAUGCGCCCACUGCUUCGGUGGGCUACGUCGCUUCAAGGUACAGCGAUGGAAGGCGGUGGCUUCCGUGGGCGGACAAACAAACUCGUCGACGGUUGCUAUGGCUGGUUCUGUGGUGGUGGCCUCAUGACAGCGUUGGAGGCUCUUGUAGCCCAAGAGUCCUCCUUCCACAGCCCUGCCCCUGCGCCUGUCGUCUCCUCGCCCGCCUCGGAUGCGUCGUGGCAGACAGUCUCUGACUCUGCAGGUGGACUCGAGUUGUUGGAUCGUGAUGCAUUACGUGCCUACAUCUUAGUAGCAGCUCAAGUGCCACGUACAGGCGGCCUACGUGAUAAGCCAGGGAAGCGUCCGGACGCGUACCAUACUUGCUACAAUUUGUCCGGUCUCUCGCUGUGUGAGCAUAGGCUCUUGCCUCACGCUGAAGCUGCGCAAACUGCCUUGCGCGCGUACGACACGUUACGAUCCGCCUCGCAGCAUAACGACUUUCAGCGGCAAUGCUAUGCGACCUGCCUCGCAUGGCAGGGCGCUCUAGACGAAGCGCUUGUUGCUCCCACUCACCCCAUUUUCAACAUCAGCCUACCACACGUCGCACGUAUGGUGUCGUUCAUGUAUGCAUAA